AACCAACCAAUGUCCCCAUUUCGUCGAUCUACGGCACCCCGCACUUCUAUAAUAUUAGCAUAGCCAAGCAACAGUCUCAGUCUCCACCAACCCACUCGCAAACAUUCCACUUGUUUUUUUUUUUUUAAUUUUUCCAACCAAAACGCAAUAAUCUUUCUGUUGGAUUCGCUCGGAUUUCAGAAAUAAUGGCAAUGGCAAUCAGUCUUCGCAGGCUCUCUUCCUCCAUCAAAUCUCCAAUCAGACCUCUCUUCAAUGGCAGCUCCAUAAAUUUCAUGUCUUCAGCUGCGGCUGAGAAAGAGAAAGCCCGUGCUAACUGGAUACAUCAGUUGAAUGCUCCGCUUGAGGAGAUCGAUCCUGAAAUUGCUGACAUUAUCGAACUCGAGAAAGCUAGGCAAUGGAAGGGACUGGAACUUAUUCCUUCAGAGAAUUUCACGUCCGUCUCAGUGAUGCAAGCAGUUGGCUCUGUAAUGACCAAUAAAUACAGUGAAGGAUAUCCUGGUGCUAGAUACUAUGGAGGCAAUGAGUAUAUCGACAUGGCUGAGUCAUUGUGUCAGAAGCGUGCGCUAGAGGCUUUUGGGUUGGAUCCUGCAAAGUGGGGAGUCAAUGUGCAGUCACUAUCUGGAUCCCCUGCUAACUUUCAAGUUUACACAGCAUUAUUGAAACCUCACGAGAGAAUUAUGGCACUUGAUCUACCACAUGGUGGGCAUCUUUCACAUGGUUAUCAGACUGAUACUAAGAAGAUAUCUGCUGUGUCCAUAUUCUUUGAGACAAUGCCAUAUAGAUUGAAUGAGAGUACAGGUUUUAUCGAUUAUGAUCAGUUGGAGAAAAGUGCUGUGCUUUUCAGACCAAAACUUAUAGUUGCUGGUGCCAGUGCUUAUGCUCGCCUUUAUGACUAUGCGAGUAUCCGCAAGGUUUGUGACAAGCAGAAAGCAAUUCUGUUGGCUGACAUGGCACAUAUUAGUGGGUUGGUUGCUGCAGGUGUUAUUCCAUCUCCUUUUGAAUAUGCAGAUGUUGUGACAACCACAACGCACAAGUCGCUUCGUGGUCCACGUGGUGCAAUGAUCUUCUUCAGGAAGGGAGUGAAAGAGAUCAACAAAAAAGGGCAAGAGGUGAUGUAUGAUUUUGAAGAUAAAAUUAAUCAAGCUGUCUUUCCUGGACUUCAAGGUGGUCCACACAAUCACACCAUAACGGGCUUAGCAGUUGCGUUGAAGCAGGUCAGAACACCCGAAUACAAGGCUUACCAAGAACAAGUUCUCAGUAAUUGCUCAAAAUUUGCUCAGAGGUUGCUAGAAAAGGGGUAUGAACUAGUAUCUGGUGGAACCGAGAAUCAUCUAGUCUUGGUCAAUUUGAGAAACAAGGGUAUUGAUGGCUCAAGAGUUGAGAAGGUAAUGGAAUCAGUUCAUAUCGCAGCCAAUAAAAACACUGUUCCAGGGGAUGUGUCUGCUAUGGUUCCUGGUGGCAUCCGUAUGGGAACCCCAGCUCUCACAUCUAGGGGUUUUAUUGAGGAAGACUUUGAGAAGGUAGCUGACUUCUUUGAUGCAGCUGUCAAGUUGGCCUUGAAAAUCAAGGCUGAGACAAAAGGAACAAAGUUGAAGGACUUUGUAGAGACCUUGCAGUCAGAUGUGAACAUUCAAUCUGAGAUUGCAAAGCUCAGACGAGAAGUUGAGGAGUAUGCCAAACAAUUUCCAACUAUUGGUUUUGAGAAAGAAACAAUGAAAUACAAGGACUAAAAGGGACUCUUUUAUAUGCAAGAUUUGUUCUUUUCAACACCUGAUUGAGCAUGCUGCUUUAGUGGUGGACUUGUUUAUAAAAGGUGAAGCUUUUAUCCGGUUUUGUUCGAUACUGAUGGCCGAGUACGGCUUUGUGAUCUGCAGAUGCAUAGGAUGCAGAUCUCUGCUAUCACAUCUAAAAGAUGCAUUCGUUCUGAAGCAAUGAAGCCUGCCUCAAGUUCUUGUUGUCAACUGAAGAGGAUAAAUUAGGGAUUCAAAGGCUUCGAUCGGCAAUACAAGGAGCAUAUUGUUGUUUCAUCCAUGAGAUCAAGAUGAAAUUCUUUGAAGUUUUUCGUUUUGAAGUGUAAAUCUAUACUCCGUUUUAAGUGCUUCUUUCUCAUAUUAGCAUCAAAAUUGCUUGAAAUUGUUUUCCCGUUGGUAAUAUCCAAUAAAAUUUAAAUGAUCCGCGAAAUUUAACAAGGGCAAAGUGUCAAGUAAUUUGAGUUA